AUGUGUGCUAAUAUUCCUCUUAAUAAAAUUAUGAAUACUGAAUUUCGGUCAUUCCUAGAAAAAUAUACCCUUAAAGAUAUUCCAUGUGAAUCUACUUUAAGAAAAACGUAUUUAAAUGAAUGUUACGAAGAAACAAUCGAUAAAAUUAGAAAACAUGUUGUUGGGAAUAAAAUUUGGGUAUCUAUCGAUGAAAGUACUGACGUCGAAGGUAGAUUUAUUGCGAACGUAAUAGUGGGAACAUUAUUGGUAGAUGAACCUGGUGACAUAUUUUUAUUGACAUCCGAAGUUCUUGAUAAAGUUAAUUUUUCAACAAUAGCUAAACUAUUUGAUGCAUCAAUGUUUACUUUGUGGCCAGAUGGAAUCCGGCACGAUGAUGUACUUUUAUUUGUAAGUGAUGCGGCUCCGUAUAUGAAAAAAGCUGGUACAGCUAUUAAAGCAUUAUAUUCAAAAAUGAUACACGUCACAUGUUUGGCUCACGGAAUGCAUAGAAUAGCAGAAGAAAUACGUAGUCAUUUCCCAAAGGUAGAUAAAUUAAUAUCGAGGGUAAAACAAGUAUUUUUGAAAGCACCGUCUCGUACUAUAUUAUUUAAAACUGAAGCUCCUGGAAUUCCACUUCCGCCGGAGCCCAUACUAACACGUUGGGGGACAUGGCUACAAGCAGCUUCAUAUUACUGUCAAUAUUUUAAAGAAAUAAACAAAGUUUUACAACUUCUAGAUUCAAGCGAUGCGGUUUCUAUUAGAGAAGCUAAAGACAUUGUAAGUGACCGUUCUGUGGAAAUGAACUUAACUUUCAUUCAUGUAAAUUAUGGUUUUUUACCGACAACAAUAACACAACUCGAAAAACAAAAACUCCCGUUACAUGAGUCAAUAGCGACAGUGAAAUCCGUCGAAAAUAAGUUAGAGCACAUUAUUGACGAGGCAGGCACUGCAAUCAAAGAAAAAUUAAAAAAUGUUUUGGAAAAAAACUGUGGUUUUAAUGAUUUAAAAAAAAUAUCAAGCAUUUUAACUGGUGAAGCAACGUCAAUGGAAGGACUACCAGAAGACUUAAAUGGGAAUGACUUGGCACACUUUAAAUACGCACCCAUAACUUCAUCGGAUAUUGAAAGAAGUUUUUCGCGCUACAAAAAUGUACUUACAGACAACCGUCGUUCGUUUGAGAUAGAAAAUAUCAAAAAAGCUCUGGUUAUUCAAUGCAAUACAUUUACGGAUUGAAAAAAUUACAAUCCACCAAACACAAAAUACAAGC